GGCACUUUUCAUAUCUUAGAUUCCUAUUUGCCGCAUUAUCAUUCCCUAGCUUCACGGUUUGGGGUUGCCCAAUUUGGGAGCUACUGGUCUUUGUGUCGUUAAAAAGAUCCACACUGUCUUGGGAAUGAGCUCAACAAGAUAUAGGCAGAGGAAGGAAGAAUUCAUGGUCACCCUUGACUCUCUCCCAUGGCCAACUAAUAUUUGUCCAAAUGUAGGAUACUGCUUUAAACUCCCCAAGGUUGCAGGUCCCAUGGUUGGCGCUAACGCCCUCCCUCGUCAUCUCCACCUCCUCUUCCCACCAAUAUUCACAAAAUUACUUGGUUUUCCUUGUUACCAUACAACCACGAUCAUCAAGCUCAACACGUAGAUCUCGAACCGUUACCUUUUUUCACCACCUUGGGUCUCUGCAUCCAUGAGGGGGAGCAGCACUGGCAUGUGCAAACCCCCCUCCAUGUCUCCCCUUCUCUCCCUUGCACGUGCCAAUGCACAUCUGCAUGCCAUCGUCAUCGUCGUCGUAGUUUGGUUGGCCGCGUCUUCUUCGAUGCCGAGCACCGACGCGUUGCCGGAAUCAGAUUCUCCGUCAUUGUUGAAGCUCAAGGCCUCAUUAGCCAACACCGGUUCCCUGGCCGAUUGGGAUGCUUCCGUGCCCCCUUGUAAAGGCAACUCGGCCAUGUGGACCGGCCUCCGGUGCGUGAAUGGCUCUGUGACGGUCUUGCAACUCGAAGGCUUCAGUCUGGGAGGGACCAUUGAUGUUGAUGCGCUUGCCGGCAUCCCCUUGCUAUACGCUUUUAGUUUCAUGAACAAUAACUUGUCCGGUCCGAUUCCGGACUUCCGGCAGCUAGGUGCGAUUAGAGGAAUUUUUCUGGCGAACAAUCACUUCUCCGGCACGAUACCUGCGGAUUAUUUUGCUGGGAUGGAAUGGUUGAGGAAGGUGUGGCUGUCGGGGAACAACUUCUCUGGGCAAAUUCCGACGUCUCUGGCAUCGAGUCCCCGGCUUCGGCAGGUGAGGCUGGACCAUAACAAUUUUAGUGGGGAAAUACCGGAUUUCAGGCAGCCUCGUUUGCUAAUGGUUGAUGUGUCCAACAAUGACUUGGAAGGAGAGAUACCAGCCGGCCUCAAAAAUAUGAGUGCACAUUUUUUUGAAGGAAACAAGGCCUUAUGUGGACCACCAUUACAAACAGAAUGCCCUCUACAUCCCGCAAAGCAAACAACCAUUAGUUCAGUUUCUGCAAGUGCUACUUUUGCAAUUGUCAUAGCGGCGUUAGUGGCAGCCAUUGGAGCUGGGAUCGUGCUGCGCGGCUGGUGCACAUCACGCUUAUGCUCCAAGAAGGUGUCAUCCAGUGAACAAGCAGUGAGCAGCAUGGGUGGAGCUGCACCGGCACCAGAAGGCGCCGGUGGCGCCAAGAAGAACAGAUCCAGGGAGGGUGAUUCUCAUGGCCUUAUCUUUGUUAGAAGUGACAGAAAACCAUUUGAUCUGCAGGAUCUGCUUGGAGCAUCCGCUGAAGUACUGGGCAGUGGGAAUUUUGGCUCUUCAUACAAGGCUGUGCUGCUUGAUGGUUGUGCAACGGUGGUGAAGAGAUACAAAGAGAUGAACAACUUGGGAAGGGAAGAGUUCCAAGAGCACAUGAGGGCACUUGGGAGACUAAGGCAUCCGAACGUACUACCUUUGCUGGCUUUUUACUACAGAAGGGAAGAGAAGCUGCUUGUCUAUGACUGCGUUGAAAAUGGGAGCUUGGCUUAUUUUCUUCAUGGCAAGCACACAUCAACUUUCACAGCACUCAGUUGGCCGACGCGUUUGAAGAUAAUCAAGGGUGUGGCGAGAGGCCUAGCCUACCUUUAUACCGAGCUACCCAACAUAAUCCUUCCUCAUGGCCACUUGAAGUCCUCCAAUGUACUCCUGGAUGACGACUAUGAGCCCCUUCUCACUGACUAUGGCCUUGCACCAGUCAUCAACACCAGGCAUGCGGCGCAGCUGAUGUUGUCCUACAAAGCCCCAGAGUGUGCCUCAAAGGGCCAUGCUACAAACAAGUCAGAUGUGUGGAGCUUUGGUGUAUUGGUAUUGGAGAUACUCACAGGCAAGAUUCCCUCCUCCUAUUUGAGACAAGGGACAGGCACAGACCUGCCUGGCUGGGUCAGAUCGAUGCUAAGGGAAGAGCAGGGAGGAGUGUUCGAUGAAGAGAUGGGGAGUACUGAAGGUGCAGAAGGUGAGAUGAUGAAAUUGCUACAAAUAGGGUUGGCUUGUUGUGAGGAGGAGUUAGAGUAUAGACUGGAAAUAAGGGAAGCACUGAGAAAGAUUGAAAGUGUGAAGGAAAAGGAGGACGGGAUUAUAGGCACAUCCUAUGGCAGAUAAUUAAUGGGGAGGGGCUCAAUGUACUCAAGGAGGGAGGACAAAGCCAUGUGUAUAGAAAAUCAAGUGUGGAAAGGGAGCAUAAGGUUGGGGGAAGAUCUAAUGCUUCUUCUGUGUGCAAACGGCCAAAAAUCUGGGACCAAUUCUGGACGGGGUGCUGGAGGGAUAUGCAUAUUGAGACCAAGGAUGGAACUCUACUCUUUAUCUUUUGUUGGUUUUGGAUUAAAAUUCUAUGUUAUGUAGGAAAAGUUCAUAGAUCUGCUACCGUAGUGCUUGAAAUAUGCUUGUCAAUCACUUACAAAUGGAGACUUGUUUGAAAAGAGGAAAGACAAACACAUAGAUUGAGUCCUUCAUAAUUUCUACGUAUAGCACGUCUGCCGCCUGUUUAUGAUGCUUGUUUGCUGUGCGAUUGAGUGAACCGCCACAUCAUGAUGUAAACUUGUUCCGAGGAUCUAGUGUUAUCCUUUCUCGACCUAUAAGUACUCUGUACAGUGUACACCUGGUUAAGUUUGUUGGCUGAAGGGCUUCAAGUGGAAGGAGGUCUACAGUUGUCCCGAGUUCAAUUUCCCGAGUGCACAACCUUUUACAGAAAAUUUGGACUGGAAGAAGAAGAGUGCUUUGCCUUUAAGCAUCGGAAAAAGACUUGGUGAACCUGGACCUCCAUGGUUGGAAAAUUCAACCAUCAUAAAAAUACUUGGUGGGUUCCAUCGUCAUUCGAAAGAAAAUGAAAUCUGCCCAGCUAGCAAAUGUGAUCAACAGUAUUAGCACAUGAUCUUCUUCCAUAACUAUUAUUAAUGUAAAUAAAUGCA